AUGAGAUCGGAGAAAUCUCUGACGCUGGCGGCGCCGGGGGAGGUCCGCGGGCCGGAGGGGGAGCAACAGGAUGCGGGAGACUUCCCGGAGGCCGGCGGGGGCGGGGGCUUGUGUAGUAGCGAGCGGCUGGUGAUCAAUAUCUCCGGGCUGCGCUUUGAGACCCAACUGCGCACCCUGUCGCUCUUUCCCGACACGCUGCUGGGAGACCCGGGCCGCCGCGUCCGCUUCUUCGACCCCCUGAGGAACGAGUAUUUCUUCGACCGCAACCGGCCCAGCUUCGACGCUAUCCUCUACUACUACCAGUCGGGGGGCCGCCUGCGGAGGCCGGUCAACGUGCCCCUGGACAUCUUCCUGGAGGAGAUCCGCUUCUACCAACUGGGAGAUGAGGCCCUGGCGGCCUUCCGGGAGGACGAGGGCUGCCUGCCCGAGGGUGGUGAGGACGAGAAGCCGCUGCCCUCCCAGCCCUUCCAGCGUCAGGUCUGGCUUCUCUUCGAGUACCCAGAGAGCUCGGGGCCCGCCAGGGGCAUCGCCAUCGUCUCCGUGUUGGUCAUUCUCAUCUCCAUCGUUAUCUUUUGCCUGGAGACCCUGCCCCAGUUCCGUGCAGAUGGUCGAGGUGGAAGCAAUGGUGGUGGUGUGAGCAGAGUCUCCCCGGUCUCCAGGGGGAGUCAGGAGGAAGAGGAGGAAGAAGACGAUUCCUACGCCUUUCAUCCUGGCAUCACCCCUGGGGGAAUGGUGCCAGGGGGCUCAUCCUCACUAAGUACUUUUGGGGGCUCCUUUUUUACUGACCCCUUCUUUCUCGUGGAGACCCUGUGCAUCGUUUGGUUCACUUUUGAGCUCCUGGUGCGCUUCUCUGCCUGCCCCAGCAAGCCAGCCUUCUUCCGCAACAUCAUGAACAUCAUUGACUUGGUGGCCAUCUUCCCCUACUUCAUCACGCUGGGCACUGAGCUGGUGCAGCAGCAGGAACAGCAGUCAGCCAGUGGAGGGGGUGGCCAGAAUGGGCAGCAGGCCAUGUCCCUGGCCAUCCUCAGAGUGAUCCGCCUGGUUCGGGUGUUCCGCAUCUUCAAGCUCUCCCGCCACUCCAAGGGGCUGCAGAUCCUGGGCAAGACCUUGCAGGCUUCCAUGCGGGAGCUGGGCCUGCUCAUCUUCUUCCUCUUCAUCGGCGUCAUCCUCUUCUCCAGUGCCGUCUACUUCGCAGAGGCUGAUGAUGAUGAUUCGCUCUUUCCCAGCAUCCCGGAUGCCUUCUGGUGGGCAGUAGUAACAAUGACCACGGUGGGUUAUGGGGACAUGUACCCCAUGACAGUGGGGGGCAAGAUUGUGGGCUCGCUGUGUGCCAUCGCUGGGGUCCUCACCAUCGCCCUGCCUGUGCCCGUCAUCGUCUCCAACUUCAACUACUUCUACCACCGGGAGACGGAGCAGGAGGAGCAGGGCCAGUAUACCCAUGUCACUUGUGGGCAGCCCACACCAGACCUGAAGGCAGCUGACAAUGGACUUGGCAAGCCUGAAUUCUCUGAGGGCCCCCGGGAACGGAGACCCAGCUACCUUCCCACUCCACAUCGGGUAUAUGCAGAGAAAAGGAUGCUCACUGAGGUUUGACCAAUGCAUAGGCAGGGCCUGCACGAGAAGGAUGGCACUGAGCAAACGAUCUCUUAGGCUUCCUUCUCAUUCUCCACUACUCUCACCCUAGCUCCAGCUGACUUCCUACUCCCUCUCCAACACCCAGUGGAUGGCAGCCUGGACUGUCAACCUUGUUGCUUGUUCCCUGCAGCAUUCAAGGUUUAUCCAUCUAAGUGACAUUUUUGAAAUUCUAACGGUGCCGCCCAUCCAUGCCCAUCUUCUAUUACAUGGAUGAGAGUUCCAUCUGACCUUCCCUCAAGACUCUGAUUUUUCAUGUCUGGGACUUGUAGUAUCUCUAGGAACAGAGAUGUCAACAGGAUAGAAACCAAGUUUACCUGGGUUCUGUUUCCCUCCUUAGCUUUGGGGCAUGCACCUGUCUUACCUUCCAGCCGUGUGGUAACUAGCAGAAGCCAGAGGACAGAAAUAAUACUCGUCCUGCCAUUUUCCUCCAGUGCCCUGUAACACCUGCUGGUCAUUUGGCAGAGGACCCUUUGUAGAGCCUUUAGCUGUGCAGCCUCAAAACACAUUAUUCAUCUCUAAUCUUGGAUGGAAUUAGAGAAACUACUAUUAAACUUGGCCAUUUGGCGGACAUUAGAGUCAGCCCUGGACCAGAGGGGCCAGUGGGUUUUUCCAGGUGUGUUCUGGCACAGUAGACAUCACUUUUUGGUCUGUGUUUAGUCCUCCCCACUAUGAUCCCCUGAUCUCUAGCUUCCAGGAAGGUUCCUCCUCAGAACCAAAUACUCUCUUUGUGCAGGUGCCUUCUUGUGCAGAGGAACUGGAAAAGGGGAACCACAGAGCCCAUAGAAAUGGCUGAAUAGAGUCAAACAGUUGGCUUGGCUGCAUUUGUGAAGAGAGGUACCACUUAGACAUUGUCAUCUCGAAGGGGCAGAGGAAUUUUGUUGCAGAAGGCAAAUCUCUCUCCCUCGCUCCCCUCACCCUCUCCAGCCCUCCACGCUGCUUCCUGGGAGUUUGACUUAGGCCUGCAGUUGAAGGCUUUCCAAAGCAAACUCCAGCUGAAGCCCGCAGACAAGCAAGAGCACACACUGGAUGCAGUGUGGGUCUCUGCCCACUUUAUGGUCAAUGAGGUAGGUGGUUAGAGUGGGGAAGAAGCAUUACUCCUGUGCUCCCAGCCUCGCUAUGAGAGGUGUUUGUGCUGAGUCAAACAAACAUUGGCCUGCUCUGUCCCUUGGAGCUGCAGCCAACCUGCUCUCUCUGGUAAGAUAAUGUGGUGGUACCAGCGGGACGAAGCCAUCCUCUUCCCUUGUGAAGCCGCUGCCUUCCAUCCACCUGCCCGCUUCCCCUCAUUUCUCUCCUAGUACCGUUGUCGUUAGUUUGUUGCCUUGAUAAACCGUGCUGUACUGUUCUGAGCUCUUCCGGGUGCAGUUCAGAAACCGAAAGGACUGUUAACAUGUUUUUCAUUUUAUAUCUAUGCUUCAAGACUCUUUGAUGAGAAUUCUUUUUAAAAAAUUAUUUUCUCGAGCAACUUAUGAGGGAUGGCCUUUUGAGAGUUUUCUUGAGAGACUCUGUGGCUCCUGUGAGUGCCGGAUCUAAAUCUGGAUUUUGCCACAGUUUUACAGGGUAACUUUGGUGCCACGGUUCCUCCUUGUGCCUCAGUUUUCUCGCCCAUUAAAUGGGAACAUUAUUGUCUUCCCCUCCCUACUUCAUGGGGAAUGUCAAAUUCACCUGGGAAGCUGGGAAUGAUACUAUGCAAAUGUGUGAAUUUUAGUAACGGACUUGACUUUGAGUUCAUUAUCCUUUUUCCCCUUCUCCCAUAGGCAAGGCCUCUCCCAGAGUUCCUUCUCUGGCUCCAAAGUCCAAGAAUAGGCCAUUAGCUCCUUAAAUCCCUCCUUAGCCUCUUGAACUGGGCCUCACUCUUUCUUCUUACCCUUCAGCAAGGAGGAUACACUUUAGACCGGUUUAGUGGGUCCUUCCAGGGCCAGAGGCCACCUUGAUUAGGAGCUUGGCUUCUCCGUGCCCAACCUGAAACACAGUAGGAGAUAGAAGAGUUCAUAAUUCCCAACCUGCUCUGAGGCCAUAAAGUGCUGGUUUUCCAAAUCUCUUCGAUUACUUCUGGCUAUUUGGGGAAAGGAUGGGCCCGCUCCAGAGGCAAGGGGAUGCUCCCCGCUGAGGUAACUGUUGGAACAUGUAUCUCUGCGUAUGUGUGUGCGCUCAUCCUCCUCAGCAUCCCGAAUCAAACAUUGCCUUUUCAAGUCAGAGCACGCCUGAGAGGAAAGGGUUUGUGGAAAGCGGAGCUCUCCAGGGACUCUGGUUGCCGUAGCAACCUUCCAGACUGUUCUCUCUUUCUUCUGAUUUGGGCAGCAAGGGAGAACAGGAGACUACAUAGCCCCAGCUUCUGAAAUGGGAACACCUCCCGCAUAUUGGUUUAGGGACUGGUAGUGACAGGACAGGGAUGUGUGACCUUUGGAAAAUGACAGGGUAGCAGGUCCCCAAAACUUCCUCCCUGCACUUUUCUUCCUGGUUUCCCCACCCACUCAUUGAAGCUGCCUCAUCUCACCCCUGAUUCUUCAGAAACUUGAAUGCUAAGCAACUGCCAGUUAAACCAAUGUCAAUAUUACCCUUUUCAAAAUGACAAGGGGAGCCUUGGAGGGGACACGCUCCUGGAGAAGCAGCCGGCUGGGCCUCGCCGAGAAUCAUAAUAGUUUCAGUCCAUAGUGUCAUGUUGUUCUCAACUCUUCAGAGACAGUCUCCACCCAGCUCUAAGAGAGACGGAGACAAAUGAUGCUCCUUUCUCCAGAGAGUCCAGCUCUGUUCCUAGGAAUCUCAUAGGUGGCUCUUCUUAAGAUGUUGAAGAAAAACUGAGAGGCUGUGACCUGACCUAGUUUCUGGCAAGGAUUUUUCCAAGUGAUCCUCCUCCGACUCUGAGCCUCUUCAUGUGGAUUUUGUGUCCUGAGCACCAAAAGCAUGUUCAGCCUCUGUGCCGUGACAGCUGAAGCGGUGAUUUCACAGCUGCCAGCGCAGGCGGGCCGCAGGCCAUCGCUGCACCUGACUCCAGCCGGCAGGAGCUCCCAAAGGUCUUCCUGGAUCUGUCAGCUUGGCUGAGAUGGGGGAUAGUCCUCCUGCCUGAUCGUCCCCAAAGAGAGAGAGGGACAGCUGGCCAUCUUUGCAUCUGAGGUGAAGACGGAGACCUGGAGUCGGAAGAAGCCGGCUCCCACUACUGUUGAGCGGCCCGUAGGGAAUGGGUUUAAGUGCUUUUACGGUUCAUCUCUCUCCCCCUGACCUUCCAGGGGAUGGAGGCAGCAGGCCCAGCCAGAGGCAUCCUAAUCAGGAAUGUAUUUAAUUUGCAAGGAAGUCAGCUGAACCUGACAUCACUUAAUGAUGUGUAAGUAGAGAAUGAGACAAAAUGACGUGGAAUUAUGGAGCAGGAGGAGACUUCCAAAAGUCACGGAAUCCAUUACUCUACCCCGAGUUAGAACAAGGUCCCGGUGACCCCAGACCUGUCCUGGAACAUCCCCAGAGAAAGAGCACCCGUAACCUCGACUCCUUCAAGCUAGUUGCGUUUGAGCCUCCCGACCUUUGCUGUCCGGAUGUUUUCCUGCUGUCUCAGUCCCACGCUCCUGCUGCGCUUUAGACUUCCCUCCCUCUGUUUUGUCCUUUACUGAAAUGGAUACUCCACUGACCAUAUUCCCUGAAAUAACUCCUCAUGCCGGACUGCCGCAAAGGUGGUCUGCAGAGCACUGGUCUCACACGACAUUCUCAUGGAAAAAAAUCCCCAGGGCCCACAUUUCAGAAACACUGCCUCUUGGAGAUGCACAGCAUAUGCACACAAGAUUAAAGGCUCUGA